UCCACCGGCUGCGUGACCCCUCAGUGGUUCGGUUUACCUGGAUUCCUGAGGUCGUCGGUUCUCCGUGCGCCAUGUGAAUUGCGCGCGCGCGCGUUCAUGUUUCCAACGCCGUUCGUGUGCCGAUAGCGAGUGUGUCCGCGGCGUGUCAUGUUUAUGCUGUCGUUCUGCGUUUGGAUAACUGAUUUUGCGGCGAUAGGAUAGGUCCUAGUGAAAAAUGCGUCUGCCGAUGGCGUAUAACUGGCUCGUUACUUUACUCGUGUUUUUGGUUGUUUUCGGCCGGUCAGAAUGCGCGUUAAACAACCGUCCGCCGCAAUUCCUGCCAGGCGGCGACAUGGCACGAUUUUCUUUGCCCGAAGACACCCCAGUUGGAAAAUCGGUGUACAAACUCUCGGCAAUCGACCCCGAAGGCUCGAGGGUGUCGUACACUGUGAGCGGCCAACAUCUUAACAUAGAUCGAUCAACCGGUGUCGUCACUCUGGCUAAGCGUUUAGAUCGAGAGGUGUUGGAUUCACUGGAAGUCGUCAUUAGCGUAACUGACGAGCCGAUAAAGGACUCCGAUGCAAAUACAGUGUCUCUGAGAAGAGAAAUAGCUAUCAUCGAUGUGAACGAUAAUGCGCCAGAGUUCGUAGGGAGACCAUAUUCGUUCAGCGUUUCAGAAGACACUCGAGUUGGUACCAUAAUAUAUAACAACAUAACAGUUGUCGAUAAAGAUAUCGGACCGAAUAGUGAGAUUAUUAUGACGUGCUUUCAAAACAAUGAACCUUGCGUGACAUUUAACUUGCUCACCGAAAAAGUGUCCAUAGGUACGUAUGUAGGUUCUAUUAGAUUAGCGCGUCCAUUGGAUUUCGACACGGUGUCGUCGUAUAAACUAACUGUGAAAGCGACCGAUGGAGGGCUGAAAAACCCCCUGUCAUCCACCGCUAAUAUUUCGGUAGUCGUCAAAGACGUGCAGGACGAACGUCCGGUUUUUACUAACUCACCGUAUUCGAUCGUGAUCGACGAAAAUACACCGGCAGGCGUGCAAGUACUUAAGGUAACUGCUGAAGACGGUGACGCGGGUUUCAAGAGACCAGUCGUGUUGAGUUUAGAAGACGAUUCUCUCGGAUAUUUCACCAUCGAUAAUGAGUCUAACGGAACUGCUUACAUAUUCACCAGUGAUAAUCCUAUUGAUCGGGAAAACAAAAUAGUUUCUGACGCCGGUGGUAUUUAUACGUUCAGAUUAAAGGCUACCGAGCUGAUCAACAACGAAUUACCCGGUGACGUCAGCUACGAGAUCGUCACCGUAGUAGUUCAAGACGUGGAUGACGAAAAACCCGAAUUCAACGAAAGGAGUUUCACGACGUCGGUAUCCGAGGACAUUAGUAUCGGAACACCUUUACCAGGAUUAAAUAUUAUAGUCAAUGACAAAGACUUGGGAGACAACGGAAGGUACGUGUUGGUAAUGAGGACCCAAGACUCCAGAGUGUCAAACUGGUUUAAAAUUAUCCCCGAAACGGCCUUGGGAAGGUCAACCGUUCUGAUUCGUCUAAUUGAUAACGAUGGAUUUGAUUACGACGCAGGAGUCACUGAAGUCGAAUUCGAUAUUGUUGCCAUGUACCAAGAUAAUUUAACUGGUGGUUUCAAAGAAGCUUCUGCAGCUCACGUGCAAGUUAACGUCCUCGAUGCUAAUGAUAAUUUACCAAAAUUUGCUCAAACGACAUAUGCAUACUCCAUACCUGAAAAUUUGGUACCUGGAACGAGUAUAGCAAAUCUCACUGCUUCCGACAUUGAUAGUGGUAUAUAUGGUGAAAUUACUUACAGUUUACAAGGUUUUGGAAUGGACAAGUUUGGUAGUGAUCCUGAAUUCGGCGGUAUAUAUUUGACUGGCAAGGUCGACUACGAACAGCAAAGUUCAUAUUCACUUACUCUCGAGGCGAAAGACGGAGGUAAUCGUUCCACCCACGUAGUUAUUUUGGUCGAAAUUGUAGACGUUAAUGAUAAUACUCCAGUAUUCAGUUCGUUAGAAUACAAAAGAACUAUACGAGAAGGAGGUACUGAAUUUCAGCCGAAAUUCUUUGUUCAGGCAUCUGACGCCGACAGUGGUCUCAAUUCCAUGAUUCGUUAUUCGAUCGUCAGCUCAAACUACGACGGUGUUGUUCUGGUGAAUCCUAUCAGCGGAGAGUUGACGCUGAAUUCUCCCGUGAACUCUAGUCACACGUCUCGGGGACAAUACGAGUUAGUAAUAAGAGCGACGGACUUGGGAAUGCCACCUCUACACGCGGACACAAAUGUCUACGUCAGAGUUGGUGUGCCGGGAAACCAGAGGCCCAUGUUUAAAAAUCUCACGUAUUCCGUCACGAUACCGGAAAACACUCCAAGAACAACGGAGAUACUGAAGGUUCGAGCGACCGAUCCAGACGGGCCAGACUAUCUAAUAGAGUAUAGCAUGGUCAAUAGUAACGAUAAUUUUCACAUCAAUAAGAAAACCGGAGCCAUAUCUGUGUCGGAACGCGCCAUACUCGAUCUUGACUCGACGGGCCUGUCGUAUUAUCACUUGGUCGUCAUGGCUAUGGACAGUGGGUUGCCCAUCAGAGAGGUUGCACACGCCGACGUGUACGUUAACGUCACAGAUGUCAAUAAUAAACCUCCCAAGUUCGACGAUAAUGUAAGUUACAUAGUGUACGUACCCGAAAUCACGGAAAUUGGUGAAAUCGUGUACAAAGUAAAUGCCGUCGACCCGGAUAAAAAUGCGUCGAUUAAAUACGCGAUCGUUGAACCAAUCAAAGCUAAUGACAAAACUGGAUUGCCGUUAAAAAACACAAGCUCAUACAAUUUCAAAGAUGUAUUCAGCAUCAAUAAACUGACUGGCGAGAUCAAAGUGAAUUCGGCGCUUAGUUAUCAGAUGGCAUCGGUAAUCGUGUUGACCAUAAGAGCCGUAGACACUAACGCCGUCGAUAACGUCCACGAACAGUACGACGAGGUGGAAAUAACAUUUUUCGUGAAGCCAUACAUGAAUAAAAACCCGGUGUUCACCAACGCCGGAUGGUCGGCCGAUGGUGAUUCGUCCACAUUAAUCGUUAGAGUGGACGAAGAAACACCAAUUGGUACAGAACUGGUGCAGCUCAAAGCGAUCGAUGUGCUUACGAACGAUUCACUAUACGAUUUUAAAGCUAUCUCGGCAGUACCGCGACAAAUCGCUAUGGACUAUGCUGGCAAAGUUAUACUUACAGAACGGCUGGACUACGAAACACUGGAAAACAAGACGUUGACGUUUCAAGUGAAAGUCACCACUGAAGACGGUGAACGGUCAACUAGCAAAACCAUUGUGAUCGAAGUGCAAGAUAUCAACGACAAUAGUCCAGAAUUUGAAUAUCCCAUUUAUCGAACGUCCCUCGUUGAAUCCAGUCCAAAAGGUACUGUUGUUUUAUCAGUCAGAGCAAAUGACAAAGAUUUACCAACGUCUCAAAAUGGUAUAGUCAGGUAUCAUCUAGGAGGUGAAAAUUCAAAUUUGUUUACUGUUGAUCCUAUUAGUGGAGAGAUACAAGUUUCUGGGAAUGGUGUGAUUGAUCGUGAAAAAACUCCAAUUUUAAAACUAAUGGUAUUUGCAUCAGACAUGCCACAAGGUGGCUCUCACCAAAAAAUGACUUCAGUGCCAGUACAUAUUGAUGUGAAGGAUAUAAAUGACAAUGCACCUGAGUUUGAUUCUUCACUCUAUAUUGCAGUAGUAUUAGAGAACGUUGUCCCCGAAACAAGUGUGCUAAACGUAUCUGCACACGAUCCGGAUGAAGGAUCUGCAGGACUGGUACAUUACAAACUCAUAGACGAGCAGCAACUCCAGGGUUUCUUCUAUAUAAAUCCAACAAAUGGACAAAUAAAGACUACUAAAAGAUUAACGGGUAAAGGUCGGUCUGAUCCGUAUGAAAUGAAAAUAAGAGCCGAAGACAAUGGAGAACCAGGAAUGUUUUCUGAUGUCAAGCUUAGUUUAUACAUUAGCGAUAUAAUCGAAAAUGAUGGAGUUCCGACUUUUGUACAUCCAACUGCUGAUGAAAUUGCGUAUGUUUCUGAGAAUGCAUCUAUUGGGUCGUUAGUAUUUAGAGCGUUGGCUACCGAUCCAGAUGAUCCAAAUACAUUAGAAGGAAUUAUUCAUUAUAGCUUUUUAGAAGAAACAAAAGAUUCUUUAAUUUUUUCUAUUGAUUCGGAAACGGGAUUAAUAACAACUACAUCAAUUUUGGACCGUGAAAUGCAAGACAAAUAUACUCUUGUAUUAGUUGCAAGAGAUUUAGGCAGUGUUCCACAACAGACCACAAAAGUUUUUAACGUGAUUAUAACCGAUGUCGAUGAUAAUAAACCAGUAUUCAAUAGAUCCAUAGAAGAAAAACCUUUAAUGAUGGAAGUCGAAGAAGAGUCGUCUCACGGUACCCUGAUUGGUUCUUUGGCAGCCUAUGAUCCAGAUAUCGGGGAAAAUGCACUGAUCGAUUACAUAAUAACAGAUGGAAACGACGAUAAUGUAUUUUAUUUAAAUUCUUCAAAUAAUGUUGCUGAAAUAAGAAUCAAUGGAGAAAUUGAUAGAGAAUCUAUAUCUGAAUAUGUUUUGACAAUAAAAUGUUUUAAACAUAAAACAAAAGCAUAUAAUUUGCAUAAAUCGUACAAUAAACAAGAUCCAAGUGAAAGACAGGUGGUAAUCAAAGUGCUCGAUAUCGAUGAUAAUUUACCAAAAUUCAUUGAUGAAAACUUAACUUUAGGCGUUAGGGUAAGCGUUCCUCUUGACACACUUGUGGCUACAAUACAAGCCACCGAUGUCGACAGUUCGGCAGAGCAAAUCACGUACCACAUCACAAAUCUCACUUUUGCUCAUAAGCUUGAAAGCCCAAAAGAGAUUAAGAGCUGGCCUUUUUUCUUAGACCAAUUAAGUGGUCAGAUUAGAACUACAUCUUCGAUGUCAUCAUAUUCAGAAGGUUAUUUUAACAUAGUUGUAGCCGCGGUCAACAGUGAUGUGCCUGGACGGCAUUCCAACACUACAAUCAAAGUGUUUAUUGUAAAAGACCGUGGAUUGUUGAAAUUUGUUUUCACAAGACCCCCAAAUGUAGUAGGUCAUUACAUAAAAAAAUUCAAAGAAGACGUUGAAAAAUCAUUGGGGAUACCUCAAGCUAGUUUAAACUUGUAUGAUACCCAGUUUUAUUCGAAAAAUGAUGGAAGUCUGGAUUUUAGUAGCACAGGUUCAUGUUUUCAACUAGUAGGACCAAACAAUUACAAUCCAAAAGAUACUAUAUCGUUACUCGAAGACCCCAGCAAUCACGAGUUAAAAAACGUGUACAAACAAUACGAAGUUAAAAACAUAGAACGAUGUUCCCCAAAACAAGUGAAGUCAGCUGUUACGUGGGUACAGAUAUCGGUGUUGGGUAUUGCAAUUUUCAUUGGGAUUAUAUCGAUUUUCUCCAUAUGCCUUUUAUGUUGUUCUUAUAAAAAAUGGAAAAGGCUACGGUAGUAACGUGAUAAGAUGAUAAGUAUCAAUUAGACGUGAACUCAAUGAUAUGAGUUGCCAUGUAAAAGUGCUGUGAUUCAAUAACUAUACAAUCAAAAUAUAUAUAAUAUAUUUUAAUUUUACACAUUAUAUUACCUAAAAAUGUAUAUAUUAUUACUGUGAUUAUAUUAUUUACUUGCUUCGAAA